UCUGAGGAUGGACUGUGCUCUGCUGCUGCUCUCCCUGUGGGCUCUGGCUGGAACCGUGUCCCUGCAGACUCCAGGGUCGUGUCCGGAGAGACUUCUGGGAGACGAGAGAGGGAGGACGUGUCCUCGGCACUGCAAAGACGACAAAGACUGUGGCAGCAAGCGCCAGUGUCUGUGUGACGGCCAGUGUGGCCUCAGCUGUGUGGCUCCAGGUCGUACUUGUCCCUGGCCUCUGGCCUCCAGUGAGAACUCGGCGGCCCACCUCCUCUCACCCACUCACUCCUUCUCGGCCCUGCUUGAAGUGCGCUGCACGCCUGGAUUCUCGUUGCCCAAUGGCUUGGAUGCCACUAUUCGCCGUUGUCAGGGUGACCGACAGUGGAGCGGGGAUGAGCCCGUCUGCACAGAGAGUCAGUCGGCCGAACCUGCUGCUGCCCAGACCUGCCCUCUGCCCGAGGAGGUCAUCGACACCUUCAGCAUCCAGGGCGACGCCACCGUAGGAACCUCCAUCCGCUACAGCUGCUUGUCUGGAGCCGAUAUAGUGGGGAGCAGUGAAAAUUUCUGUCAGGACAAUCAGACCUGGCAGUAUCCUCAUCCCAUCUGCAAAACGGUGUACUGUCAGCCUCUGCGCGACGUGGAGCAUGGCUACGUGGUGGCCGUGCAGAAGACUGAAUAUGAGGUCGGCUUUGACAUUCACUACCUCUGCAAGAAAAACUUCCUCCUGGACGGACCCCAGAAGGUCACCUGCCUGUCCAACGGCAGCUGGAGCGCGUCGCCCCCUUACUGCAGAGCUCGCUGUCUCAUCCCUGCUGAGAGGAGCCGUGUGAUGAUCGGUGGAGUGAAGCGUUGGCCCUUUGACGUGACAGACGCCAUGGUGCCUCACGGAGAAAAGGUGGCGUUCUACUGCAAACGUUUUUCCCAGCCGUGCAGCUUCACUGCCAUCCAAACGUGCUUCGACGGAAAGCUGGAGCCACCAGCAUGCUACCUGGAGCCCACAUGGCUGCAGUUCAAACUCUUCCCUCAUCGGCUCAUCUCGGAGAUCGAAGAGUGUCAGCCUGCUGACGUGGAGGGACGACCUCUCACUUCUGACCCCGGCCCACCAGCCGACACUCAACACUAAACCCCCCCCCGAACUCCCACCAGCAGCUGUUCUCCUUCAGAGAGCUCCACCAUCCUGCUGCUUCGACGAUCAUGGUCGGCUGGACGCUGGUGUGCAGGUGGGAUUAUAACCCUACAGUAUAUCUGUCAUCCUCCUCCAGAUGCAAUCAUAGACCUCCAUGAUGAUUAUGUAUAUAUAGUACAAUAGUGUGUGCUAUAGCAGUUAUGUUCAUGUAACCUUAUGACUCUGUGAUAUCUCACUUCGCGAUUUCUCUCCUGGUUCAACCUGACGCAUCAAGUCUUAGGGCUUGUAAGAUUAAAUGAUUUGAAAUAAAAACAAUGUAGAACCGGUUUCCUUUUUUUUUUAUUAUUGAUUGCGUAUAAAUCUGUAUGAC